GCGUUCCCCUCCUGCUGGACCGAGACUGAAGAUCCAAGAAGCUGCCGAAUCCAUCGCGCAGGGGAAAGCGUUGUUUUUCGAUUUCUUAGCACACAAAUUUUUCUUAAGAAUUCCUACAUAAUGAGUGUAAUAUUAGAAAAUAAACAGCUUACACUCAUUUCAAUUGCAGAAACCGCGAAAUUCUACACAUCGUUAUGUCUUGGAGUAACUGCUUUUAUAUCAGUAUUCGCAUUCCUUUUCCUUAUACCAUUCGUAGUUGAGCCGGGUUUCUCCAGUCUAAUGGCGGACUACGAGCCCGAACCGGUCACUUGCAUAGCGACCAACCACGUUUACGCCGAAGGCAUAUCGAAUUGCUCGUGGGCAUCGUGUCGCGAGGGUUGCACCAAAGAGGCAACGCGCUGUCACCAAAUCUACGUCAAUUAUACCAAAAUUCCCUACCGGUUGUUCAAAAUGUCCGAAAAUAUCCACUGGGACGUAGGAGACACCCGAUUUCUCAUCAACACCGAAGGGUGCGGUUAUCCUCCUUCGGUAAACUGUUCAGAGUUUGCUAGGCAGUAUGGGUUCGACAGUGCCGGAACACCUUUUCCUUGUUAUUAUAGCCGCGUUUAUCCGGAAAUGGUAGUCGCUCGAUAUUCGUGGGACGAUACUCUAAGGCAUUUGGUGCUUUCGAUCGCAAUUCCUAAUCUACUAUUUGCAGCUUCAAUCGGAGUACUGAGCUAUUGGUACUGUCCAGGUUGUGGCAGAACCUGUCAAAAGUACAUGCAUCACUUCCCCACAGAAGAGGAAGAUUACGACGAAAAUCCGUAUUAGCACCGAAAUAAAAUACACGAGCCUUCUAGAAUUCUUCCACACAUGCUUUUUUCUACUAGUUUUAACCUAAAAACACGUUUUUUGAUAUAACAAAUUUACCAAUUAGUUGAUUUUAUUAACUAUAAAUAUAUUUGGAAUUCAGGCAACAAAAUGUAUAUUACGAACUGUUAGUACAAAAAUAUUAAUCUGUUAACAAAAAAAUUAAAAACCCG